AUGGGGGAAAAGACAGACGAGGUGUCGAAGUCGAAAAAGGAAUUUUCUACCGCUGUCAUCCCUUCCUCUCCUCGACCAGCCAAGCCACGAAUCAAGAUCAGCCGAUGGGUUAGGUUCCAACUCUGGUUCAACACCUAUCGGAAAUUCUUUACAUUCAUCGUCACUUUGAAUGGAGUCGGCCUCUUCCUUGCCGCCUUUAACAUCUGGGAGUAUCCAAGAAGAUACACCGGCGCUCUCGUACUGGGCAACCUGUUGUUUGCGAUUCUUAUGAGGAACGAGCUCUUCGGACGUGUUUUGUACCUGAUCAUAAACAAGUGUUUCGCCAAGUGGACACCAUUAUGGUGGCGGCUAGGCUGUACCUCUGUGUUGCAACACCUCGGCGGAAUUCACUCAGGAUGCGCAUCGUCCGGUUUCGCAUGGCUCAUCUUCCGUGUCGAUAACCACGACGCCGUCCUCGUCAUGGGGGUCAUUACCAACAUUGCUGUCGCUGUCAGCAUCGCUAGCGCUUUCCCCUGGGUUCGCAACACGCACCAUAACGUGUUCGAGCGCCACCACAGAUUCAUUGGCUGGCUCGGCCUUGCCUCAACAUGGGUGUUUGUCGUGCUUGGUGACAGUUACGACCUCGAGAAACACGCAUGGAAUCCCGAUGGCGUGCGGGUCCUGCGCCAGCAAGACUUCUGGUACGCGUUUGGUAUGACUGUCUUCAUUCUCAUCCCCUGGUGCACCGUUCGGGAAGUCCCCGUCGAUGUUGAAUUGCCGUCGCCCAAGGUUGCGGUACUGCGCUUCGAACGUGGGAUGCAGCAGGGACUGUUGUCUCGAAUUUCCCGCUCAUCGAUCAUGGAGUAUCACGCAUUCGGCAUCGUCUCUGAGGGCGUCCACGCGAAGUAUCACUACCUGAUCUGCGGCGUGCAAGGCGAUUUCACCCGGGGCCUCGUAAAUAAUCCUCCCACCCACAUCUGGACCCGACAGCUCAAGUUCGCUGGGGUUUCUCAUACCUCCACUCUAUACAAGCGUGGCAUCCGAGUGUGCACUGGGACGGGCCUCGGUGCCGCCCUGUCCACAUGCCUACAGAGCCCCAACUGGUAUCUAAUCUGGAUUGGCUCUGACCAAGAGAAAACCUUCGGACCGACCAUUACCGGCCUCAUUCGCAACAACCUGGGACCUGAGCGUGUCUGCCUGUGGGACUCCAAGGCGCGCGGCGGCCGCCCCGAUGUCCUGAAGCUUGUCAAAGACGCCUACCGGGACUGGGACGCCGAGGUCGUCUUCAUCACCUCCAACUUCCACGGCAACAAGGAAAUCAUGGAGGGCUGCAAGGCGGCCGGCAUCCCAGCCUUCGGCACCCUCUGGGACUUCUGA